GCGGCUUUCUCCGUCCCCGUCCUACUUUCCAUUCCGUGUGGUGGAAAAAAACCCUGAGCCAUUUUAGGCCCCACGGCCCAGUUCGGCCAAUAAAUCUCGUCCCCGGCUCCGUCCUUCGAUAUAUAUCGGUGGCUGGACGUACCUCCUGCUGAUAUAUCGAGGUUUUAGGCGGUUCUGUCAGUCACGCUCCGAGCUGCGGCUCGUUACACACUCCUUGCGGCCUAGUCGUUCGUCCCUACCGGCACUUUGUAGACGGUCCCUUAUUUUUAGAGCGCGGCUCCUUUAAGCGCAUAGCUGUCCACGGAUUUGCCUGUAAGAUUUUUGUCUCUCUGUUUCGUCUCUCGCCUCUAUCCGGAACCCAAACUAUGUCUGGCAUAGCCCUGAGCAGACUUGCGCAGGAGAGGAAAGCUUGGAGAAAAGACCAUCCUUUUGGGUUUGUUGCAGUACCAACAAAAAAUCCAGAUGGCACAAUGAAUUUGAUGAACUGGGAGUGUGCUAUUCCAGGCAAGAAAGGGACCCCAUGGGAAGGAGGAUUAUUUAAACUUCGAAUGCUUUUUAAGGACGAUUAUCCCUCCUCGCCACCGAAAUGUAAAUUUGAGCCUCCUUUAUUCCACCCAAAUGUCUAUCCUUCAGGCACAGUGUGUCUGUCUAUCUUAGAAGAAGAUAAGGAUUGGAGGCCAGCAAUCACAAUUAAACAGAUCUUGUUAGGAAUACAAGAACUUCUAAAUGAACCAAAUAUACAAGAUCCAGCUCAAGCAGAGGCAUACACAAUUUACUGCCAAAACAGAGUUGAAUAUGAAAAAAGAGUCAGAGCACAAGCCAAGAAGUUUGCACCAUCAUAAGCUUCAACAAUGUGGCAUCUUACAAUAAAUAAGAAGAAAAAAAACUAAAAAAAAAAAAAGGAAGGGAUUGGUUUGGCAAGAACUUGUUUACAAAAACAAAUUUUUUUGCAAAAUUGAAUGACGCUAAAUACAAAUAAGUCACUUAGGGGAGGGGGUCGUAUGUGUGCCAUUUUUCCAUUUUUCGCCACUUGUAUAGAGUUCUAAAUUUGCUGAAUAUCCCCCGUUUUUUCCAUACAGGGUCUCUUCCUUCAGUCUUUUUGUAUUUUGAUUGUUAUGAUGUAAAACUUGCUUUUAUUUUAAUAUUGAUGUCAGUAUUUCAACUGCUGUAAAAUUAUAAACUUUUAUACUUCUAUAAAUCCACUAGUAAUCUAUAGUUUUGGUUUAUUUUUUUUAUUUUUUUCUUUGCUCUCUGAUGCAGGCAUGCUUAAAAAUUAAUGAAAAGUUUAGAACUAUAUCUAGCCUCUAGCUGGCUGUAUUAAAAAAAUAAACAAAAACAAAACAAUGUCAUGACUUCUAUCCCCUCCCCUAAAUUUUCCUUUAAGGUCUCUCAAAAACUAAGGUUGGUCAUUGCAACCUAGCGCCUCCGAAAUUUUUUUAUUUUAUUUUUUUUUUCCCCCCAUCAGCCUCUUGCUUCUGCAUCACUUCCUUUUGUGUUUAUAUGGCGUUCUGUCUGUGUUGCUGUUUAGAUUAAAAUAAACUGUUUAUAUAAAGGUUUUUGUUUCUUUAUCUUUUUCAUGAAAAGGACCAUAAUAAUAGGUGGAAGUCUUUUUGGCUUGUAAACUGACAUUGACACUUUAUUUUCUGUGCAUUCUGUAAAAAGAGAAGAGAACUGUACAUUUUUUCCUGACGUCUAGGAUACACAGAUGAUAUAGCCUGGCAUCUCGAUGUAAUUGGCUGACCGUAUACUGUAUGUGUUUGUAAUCCCGAAACAAUUGCAGAUUUAAAUAAACAGCAGUAAAACCAAAAUUAAACCUGGUAAGUAUAAUGAUCUUUGGCGAUCUGCCAAUCACAUGAACACUGUAUCACCAUACCUGAUGCAAAUAAAACAAGUCAAUUGGAACUGACUGAUUUUUUGGUAAA